AUGUCUCAACUUGCGAAUUUAGCUCUGGAGGGUGAUCCUCGUCUUCACGAGAAGGAGCGUCAAGCUAUUGAAAAUUUGUCUGUGGAAAGUCCUGGUGGUCACGUUCGUCCACAGCAUCGCAAGUUGCAUGAUACUACUGUCACCUUCGAGGAGUAUCAUCAUUAUGCGAAACUUACGCGUGCCGAGGAAGAUCAGCUCUUAACACCGGAGACGGGCAUUCUCUCCAUAAUCUUCCCGUCGAAGAGUGAUGGGGGCGUUCAAAAAGUUACGGAUAAUGUUACUAAAGAUGCUACCGCCUUGAAUACUAGCGACCCAGCAACUCGCAGGACUAUAACUGACGAAGAAUGGAUUAAUGCAUCUCGGGCGCUUCGAACUGCCACCCGUGGCGCAAUUUUCUACCUGAUCACAACCGAUAUUCUGGGUCCAUUUGGCCUGCCAUACGCGUUCGCGACAAUGGGCUGGGGCCCCGGUGUCGCUCUUUAUACUGUAUUUGCUGGCCUUGCUGCGUACUCCGGAUAUCUUCUUUGGGACACUUUCCUCGGCCUGGACUCAUACCAAUUCCCCCUACGAAGCUUCGGUGAUAUGGGCUUCCGACUCUACGGCCCUUACAUGCGACACCUGUUCAACUUCCUCCAAAGUGUUCAGCUUCUACUGAACGUCGGUCUGAUUGUUAUUUCGAACGGAGAGGCUUUGUCUCAAGCAGCCAAGUUCAAACUUUGCUAUAUCAUCUGCUGUUUAAUCUGGGCCCUUGUUGGCUUCAUCCUCGGCCAGAUUCGUACUCUGCAGAAGUUUGGAUGGUUUGCCAAUGCUGCCGUAUGGUUGAACCUGCUAUGUAUCUUUGUUACGAUGGGUGGUGCUGCUCACUCGCCUCCAAACACCAAGGCCUAUACCCAAACCGCUGGGUACACUAUUGGCGACGGCUCCUCAGUCAAGCCAGUCAAUGGUGUUUUCCCUCCAGUCAUGACGACCGGUGGUCUGCCUGAUCCCGCUGACUUCAGUGCCUCUGUCAGUGGUGCUAUGCAAGCUGUUUUCGCCUACGGUGGUGCGAUGGUUUUUCCCGAGUUCAUGGCUGAAAUGAAGCGCCCCAAGGACUUCCUGUCUGGAAUGUGGGCCGCACAAACAUUCAUCUACUUCUGCUACAUGCUCUACGGACUUUUCAUGUACGGUUACCAGGGCCAGUACUCCAUCAACCCUACCUACCUUGGUAUCAGCAAAUACAGUAUCCAGACUGCUGGAAAUGUGUUCGCCAUGUUGUCCGGUGUCAUCGCUGCCGGUCUAUACGGUAACAUCGGUGUCAAGGUUGUCUACAACAAUAUCUUUGUCGAAUUCUUCCGCUGCCCUCCACUUACCACCAAAGCUGGAAAGUUCAUGUGGGUCGGCUUAAUUCCAGUUUACUGGGCUAUUGCCUUUGUUCUGGCCGCUGGUAUUCCUAGCUUCUCCGGUCUGACCUCUGUCGUCGCCGCCUUCUGUAUUCUUCAGUUUACUUACACCUUCCCUCCGAUGCUGGCAACUCUCUUUUGGAUGCACAAGUAUGCCUUGGCUGAUGGUGAGGGCUUCGAUCCCGCCACUGGUGCGACUGUGCGUCAUGAUCAAGGUAUUAAGCGAUUGGCCCGUGGAUUCCGAAACAUGGGCACAAAGCGUAUCAUUUUCGGUUCUUUCAACUUCCUUUACUUUUUAGGUGCAUUGGCUCUUGCUGGUCUUGGUGCUUACUCUGCCAUUACCGGCUUGAUGAGUGCGUAUAGCGAGAGUGUGACUACUUCAUUCACUUGUACUAGUCCCUUGGAUAGUUAA